CCGGCAGGGUUAUAAAACCCGGUUGCGGAGACUUAGCGCGUGGCGUCAGGAAGGGAGAGUGAGAAAAACAGGCGAGGAAGCGGCCGGGGGAGGGGGAGGUCGGGGGACCUCGCCACCUGCGCGCUGAGCGGCGCUCUGUGGGAAAAGCGGCUGCUGGUCUAAAGCGGGAACCUCUCGGUUGGUUCCCGUAGCUCGGCUGACAGCGCUGCCAAACUUGAGCUCUGCGCCGCCUCUCUCCGCCUUCCCAGACGCUAACCCGAUAUAGCCUUCUUUGGGCGUUCGUGGCGGAUCCGUCAGCCUCCCUACUUCGCGAAGAGGCACAUGGCGGGGCGCAGAAGUUCAAGCUCGGGCAGCGCUGAGGAGGAGGCAGGGUUUGCCCCGUCUGGUGCCGUGCCUGGCCCCUAUCUUGCGCCCACCAGGCGGGUUGGGCUCCCAAUUUCCCAUUGGUUGGCUGCCUGAGGCGGCGUUGCCGGGAAGUAUCAUCCAACGAGGACCGAAGGCCUGCGACUUCCUCAGCCUUGGCGGAGAAAACGGUGCCUUCCCCAGGGCGUUCCUUGGAGUGUGAAUGGACAGAGAUGUCUGUUUGGAACUUCUGUGUUUCUCUGAAUGAGAAACCAAACACCAGCUGAAGCCUUUCUUCUAUAUUGCAUCUCUUUAUGCUAGGGACAGCACAUAUGCUAAAGUAUUUCCAAAGGAAGAAAUGUGAGAAGAAAUUAGCGUGACUGGCCCAAAAUCAGCCUGAUGACUUUCUACCUAAGGUAUGUUAAUUCAAGGAGUAUUGACAAAGGAGUAUUGACGCUAUGGAGACGGUGCACCCAAUGAUUGCUGACUUGGAUAAAACAGAAAAAGCCUUCCCAAGGAUCAGCUACUGCUAGCUUGGCUUCAACAGUGAUUGGCUGAAGACACCUCGUGAGUUCCACGCUGGUACCACUGCUUGCAAUAUCUGAUGACUGCAUCCAGUGAUGAUUUUCAAUCACAGACACAUCAAGUUAAAGAGACAAUCUAAGCACUGAGCUUUUUUCUUCACCUCUUCAAGACAACCACAGCAACAAGUUUUUACCUUUCCUUAAAAGGUGCUCUUUUUCCCAAAAUAAGAAAACUGUAGCACAAAGGUGGAUAUUUGAGGCGUCAGAAGACUCUAUAUUAAAGGAAAGUAGGACAUCCUUACAUUCACAUCCUGGAGCACAAUGAAAGAGUUUUAAUGCACAGACUUCAGAAAAAAAGUGCAGCAGCAAGUAGUACAAGGGACGCAAAAGGAAGAUAUUACUGAGGCGCUUAGGAACACUCCUGGCAUUUGAAGUGAGAAGCGUAGAUGGUCUGCAGAUAUAUUUGAAAACCAAGCAGAAAAUUCUAAAGAAGAUUGUUCAGUGUGAUAUGAAGCACUAUUGAUGGACCUGUCAGCUAUUCAGUAGCAUCUGCAAAUUCUGCAAGUGGAAGCAUAAUCUGGGAUAUCCAGAAGACAGCAGUGAAUGGGAGAUGCUUGUAGAAGAUUGUGGUCACAAGGAGAUGAUUCCUCAUGAAGUCUCUGGAUCCACAAAAGAAAUCAAAUGUGAUUUUCCACUUAGCAGACUGAAAUCAGAGCCAGCCAGGCAGUGAAGCCACAGAAGAUAAGGGCAGGGGGCCGGUGAAAAAUGAAAUCCAACCAGGAGAGAAGCAAUGAAUGCCUGCCCCCCAAGAAGCGGGAAAUCCCUGCUACCAGCCUGCCUUCUGAGGUGAAGCCAUUAGUUCUGGCCAGUGAAAAUCACCGUGCAGAUAAUAUAACAUGGCUCUCAAGUACAACCAGCAGCCUCAGCAGUGGGCGGAAUCGAUCUGGAGGUAUUUCAGUGGAGGCUGGUUCACAACAAGGAAUAGGUUUACACAAGUCACUUUCUACAGGAAUGGAUUAUUCCCCACCUAGUGCUCCUAGGUCUGUUCCAGCCUCUGCCACACUUUCCACAGUGUACCCCUCUGCCCUUUCACAGGCAGGAACACCUGUUUCGCCAGUGCAGUACACACACUUGCAGCAUGCUUUCCAGUUUGUUGGGCCUCAGUAUAGUGGACCAUAUGCCGGAUUCAUCCCUUCGCCGCUAAUUUCCCCAACAGCUAAUUCUGCAACCACCACGGCAGCCUCCGCCACUGCUGUUGCAACCACUCCAUCCCAGCGAUCGCAGCUGGAGGCAUAUACUUCUUUGCUGGCCACCAUGAGCAAUCUUAGCCAACAAGGCCAAAAAGUGGAGCCACAUUUAAUCAGGACACCUGGAUUGAUCACGGCAGGAUCUCCUCCACCUAUUCAGCAAAACCAGUAUGUCCAUAUUUCCAGCUCUCAGAGUGCUGUCAGAAACGUCUCUCCUCCAGCCAUCCCAGUCCAUUUGCAUCCUCACCAGACAGUGAUUCCUCAUGCAUUUGCCCUUGGCCCUUCCUCCCAGGUAGUAGUGCAAUAUGCAGAUUCCGGUGGCCAUUUUGUUACUAGGGAGUCCACCAAGAAAUCUGAGAGCAGCAGAUUGCAGGCUAUGCAAGCAAAGGAAAUACUGAAUGGGGAAGUAGACAAGAGUAGGCGAUACGGCAUCUCACCCUCUUCUGAAGUCAAUCUUAUCAAAUCAGGCAAUAAACCAUCUCCUCAUCAUUAUGAGGCCAGACAUGUGGUAGUCCACUCUGGUCCUACUGAUUAUAUUGCACGUGAUUCCUCUGCUGUCCGACCCUCUGUUAUGGUUGUUCCCAACAGCAGUACACCUACUGACAUGGAGGUUCAGCAGUCCACCAAUAGAGAAACAUCUCCUUCAGCCAUCAACGAAAAGGGAAGUUUGCAUUUAGGAAAGACAGGCCACCGAUCCUAUGCUUUAUCUCCACAACAGACUAUUGGUCAUGAAGGGGUGAAGGCAGUUGCCACUUUAUCCCCUCACACUGUCAUUCAGACCACCCAUAGUGCUUCAGAGCAGCUAUCUGUUGGGUUGCCAGCUACAGCCUUUUACACUGGGACUCAAUCACCUGUAAUUAGCUAUCUGAGCAGUCAACAGCAAGCCUUUGGCUAUCCUGGAAAUCUACCACAGCAUCUGGUGAUCCCUGGUACCCAACCUCUCUUAAUACCAGUAGGAAGUGCAGAUAUUGACUCCUCAGGGGUACCGCCUGCUAUAGCCACUUCAUCUCCCCAGCUGGCAGCAGUGCCUCAUACGUUUGUCACAACCGCCAUUCCAAAAAGUGAGAAUUUCAGUGCUGAGUCCCUAGUAAGCCAGCCAGCUUACCAGGCAGCUGUGGUCCAGGCCCAGAUCCAUCUCCCCCUGGUCCAGCCGGUACCACCUUCAGCAACAGCUCCUGCUAUAUUGCCUCCUUAUUUUAUGAAAGGUUCUAUAAUUCAGUUGGCAAAUGGAGAGCUGAAGAAGGUAGAAGACUUAAAAACAGAAGACUUUAUACAGAGUGCAGAAAUUAGCAGUGACCUGAAAAUAGAUUCCAGCACCGUGGAAAGAAUUGACGACAGCCAUAAUCCAGGCAUUGCUAUGAUACAGUUUGCAGUUGGAGAGCACCGAGCACAGGUCAGUGUUGAGGUUUUGGUAGAAUAUCCCUUUUUUGUAUUUGGACAAGGCUGGUCAUCCUGUUGCCCUGAGAGAACAAGCCAGCUCUUUGAUUUGCCGUGUUCCAAACUCUCUGUUGGUGAUGUCUGCAUAUCACUUACGCUCAAGAAUCUGAAGAAUGGCUCAAUUAAAAAGGGCCAGUCCAUGGACUCAGCUAGCAUCUUGUUGAAGCAUUCUAAAAAUGACAGUCUAGUUGGCAGCAGACAUAGAUAUGUGGAGCAGGAAAAUGGGAUUGAUCAAGGCGGUGCAAAGAUGACAUCUGAAAAUGGUGAACUGAAGUUUCCAAACAAAAUAGGAUUACCUGCAGCAUCUCUACUCACCAAAUCAGAAUCCAGCAAGCCCACAGCAACUCGGAAGAGGAGGUGGUCAGCCCCUGAAACACGGAAACUAGAGAAGUCUGAAGAGGAGCCACCGUUGACUCUUCCCAAGCCUUCUUUUAUUCCUCAGGAGGUUAAGAUUUGCAUUGAAGGGCGAUCCAAUGUAGGCAAGUGAAGUCUAUUAGGAAAAAAAAAUUAGAAUAUCCCUUGUCAUUUUUAUCCAGAUUACUGUACUGUAGGCUAAAUAACCGAGUAUUUACAUGUUAUCAUCUUAUUUUAGGUUUAUGUUUAUAACGUUGUUAUAGUUGCAGUUAGUAUUAUGCAGGAGACAGGUGCAUACUUCCCCCACCUAGGUGUUCAUUGGUGAUUAUUUUUAUCAAGAGCUACAAAAAAGGGCAGUAUCUGCUUGACACAUGAACACACACCCUUUGUGGAAGCAAAUGUUGACAUGGCACCUGUUUUCCCACACUUCGAACAGAAUAUUAGUCUGGCAAGAAAACUCUAGGAAAGAUAAACACUAUUGCCUGAUUCAAGAGUAGAAUUGAGAGUUCCACAGCAAUGUGAUUUGAUGGGUCUCUCAACAAAUUUCUGAUGACGUGUAGUCCAGGGGCAAUAAUGGAGAACCGAGCACUCUUUGAGACUCUUUGCACAAUAAAGUGAUUUUUCUUUUAAUUUUCUGAUUUUUUUUGUCUUGUAUUUUCCAGUCCCCCAAUCCAAUCCCAUACUGUGUCCCAGAGUGGGGGAUCUAACUGCACUAUUUUUAUUAAUAUUAUUGUUGUUGUUAUUAUUGCUCUUCUCAGAGACUGCCACAUAAGAGAUUUCAUCUCCACUUGCUAGCACAAUGGCAUAGCAGGAGCGUAGCAGCUGAUUCUUGCUUUGCUAAAAAUGGUAAUUUGCUUAAAGUGUGAUAAUGUUGGUGUCAAUAUAGUACGUUACAAAUUGUGGAUAUCGUAACUUGUAUACAGCAUGUUGCCGCUAACAUUUGCUUCCACAAAGUAACUAUGUCCUUUCCUUUGGGAAAGUGAACAUAAAAUUGUUUGCAGUUAGGUUGCAUUUUUUAAAAAAAACUCUAGUACUGUUUUUUUAAAUUCUGUACUAGGACUAGUGCCACUUUUUACAAAUUUCAGUGUGAUAACGAGGAAAUGGGAGAACAUAGAAUGUCUUUGAGCACUUAAAAUGAUAAUCAGAGUUUCCAUGCUGAGGAUCCUGGCUUAACACUCAGCAAAUCCUGUAUUUUGCUUUAUUCUCUUUUGGGUUGGGGCGGAGGGAAGGAAAGAGAAUAUUGACAUUUUCAACACUGUUAACUAAGUAGGUUUUUCACAAGCAAGAAUGCUGAAAAUUUUCGUGUGGUAUCAAAGGGAUGAAUGUGAAUUAUGAACUCGUAUGUGACAGUCGUUGUCCACAAGGACUACUUAAUAGGAGGCACUUUUAAAACUUUUAUGCUUGUGAAAAAGUUAAAGGUAUAUGCAAGCUGACAAAAUAAUAAAAGAAUAAGAAAGACUAUAAGGGAAUAAGAAGAAAAAAAACAUUGUCCAGUGUUUUUGAAAAAGGUGGACUUUAAAGAAUCUUGCAAUUUGCACAUCUUGAGUUUAUCAUUUGUGUGGUAUUCUUGCAGUUUUUAAUUUUUUAGGAAGGGAGAGGGGCUGAAAAAGCUUAAACAAAUGUAGCAGUUAUUUACUAACCUGCCUAAUUUCUAGACCAUUUUAAUAGGGUUAGACUUUCUUUCAAUUUCUUUUACUUUCUUUGUAUCAUAUCUGUCACCCUGAACCAGAAAAGCUGAGAAUUUCUCUUCAGAUUUUCUGAGUUUUCCCAUGAGUCAUUUUGACACAGAAGCAAUUUUUGUGUUUUGUUUUAAUUCAGUUUAAUUCUGUGUUUUAUUGUAAAAUUACUAUUUCUUAACUCUCAAUUACUUUUCUUCUGAUUAAUAGUAUAAUGUUAAUGUCAAAAUUUGUUACAACAGGAUGAUGGGUAAAAGUUUAUCCAAUUAAACUCUUUCAGUAGUUAUAUGACUGAUCACAGAAAUCUGAAGUAAAUUCAAGGGUGGAUCCAAAGGGUCUAAACUCCUGCUGAUUUAGUGGCUUCCAUCUUAAAACCAGAUUCUGAUUAAUGGUCACAUUAAAACCUAUUUAAUUAUUCACAGAUAAGUAAUUGACUAUAUACCAGUCUGUGAAAAGAAUCACUUAAACUAUUAGCCUAUUUUAAAGCUUAGAUAAUAAAUACCGCAUUAAUUUCUGAAGUUUUAAAAUCAGGAUUUCCUGAAAGAUGCUGUGGGCAUUUUCACACACGAGACUAAAUCUAAGUAUCCAUUGAAUUUGUAAUGUAACUCUAUAUGGACAUGUUCUAUCGGUGUUAUUAAAUAUGUUUACAUGUGAUACAAAUACUAUGUGAGAACCUCAAAGAAGUCUAGUGUCUUGUGUGAAAAUGGUACAAAAAAAAUUUUUUUUUUGCAUUAGUGCUGUAUUCCAGCUUACCAGGGUUAGGUGGGUGAUCAUCAGUUAUCUUCUUUCCCUACUUGCAAUUUGACUUAGAUAAAAUUCAAAGAAAGAACAAGUAAGGUAGAAGGUGUGGUAUACUGCAUAUAUAAGCAGGCUGCUUACCCUGAUCUCUUUUCUGUGAUCAUUUCACUUGCCCUAAGGUGGUCAUUGUCUGCAAAAUGAAAUGGAUUAAGCUAAAAUAGAGAACUGGCAUCUCCUGCUACAGAAGCACAUGAUAAAUUGAGACCGUAGCUGAAUUUAACAAAUUUGUAGUUCAGUUUAGUUGCCCUGCAGGAGAUUUUUUUUUUAAUCUUUGACUCUGAUGUCCUGCUGGUUGACAUAACUCCAUUGAUAUCAGGUUCUUAUUUGGCAAGAAUCUAAAUUUUAGAAAUCAAAACAGAACUUUAAAUGAGCAAUUUCUCCAAAUGUUCAUUUCCCUGCCCACUUGCCUAAAUACUAUACCUUUAAAAAUUCCAGUGUAACCCUCUCUUUAAUUGUGUUUCUUUGUUACUUGAACCUUAGCUCACACCAGAAUGAAUCAUUUUUGUACCAGUUUUGAGGAUGCACCAAAAAUGUGCUUAAGUUUUAAAGUAGCUUGAAAAUCUAUCUUGAAUUGUUAUUAUGACCUCCCAGUAAUUCAUUAGAUCACUGGGCGGGUUCCUUCUCACAAUCAUAUUGCUUUUUUUUUGUGCUGUAAUUUUUUUUUUUCAACAUUUCUGCUCAGAGAAUUUGCUUAAUCUUCCAUAAACUCUGCUCAGGGCACUUUCAAUUUAUUGUUUAUUGAAGUUUUAUUUUGGCUUGUUUUUGUUUUGUUUUCGUUCUCACUUCAACCUCUGAUAGCAAGAAGAACAGUAAGAUAUGAGGCAAAACUCCUAUUUCAUUCCUAUCAGUACCACUAUUUUCAUCUGUCCUCAGAGAACAUUUGCCUAUAACAAAGCAGGGAUUACAAAACUGACCACAUCUCUAAAACUAACACUAACAAGUGAAACAAAUAAACCAAUAUUAAUAAAUAGUUCAAGCAAUAGGAAUUUAUUUGUUCUCUACUUGCAUUAGAGACUUAGAACUUGCAAUUGUUACUUCCGUCCAAACAUGGCUUCCCGUUGCUGUGCUUUUUGCUUCUUUUUAUAGUAUGUGCAAUAUUUUAUGUGCCAAUUUAGAUUCACCUAAAGGUGACAACAGACUUUCCUUUUGCCAUCUUUUUUGGAGGGUUAAAUGUAGGGUCUUAUGCCUUCCUUUGAAAAUAGUAGGGAUAAAAUCUGUCUGGAUGUCAACAAGUUGCACAGCCUGGACCAGGGGCUUCUUACAGCUCCUAUUAUUCAGUGCCCUGCUGGGGGUGGGGCGGGGGGGGGAACCCAAGCAGAGAAAAAAACCGUCAGAUGUCUGUCUCCCUCAAAGGUUGUUAGUGGAAAAGAUAAUAUGAGCUAAGUCUCAUUUUGUGAAGAUGAAUACUUAUAUGCAGUAAUUCAUUACUGCAUAUAGUAAUGAAAUAUUGGGCAUCCUUUGAUGGGUGCAGUCUUCAAUAGAGCAUCAUAUUCUCUUUUUUGUUUAUCGUGACUAAUCUUCACUUAGAUUGGAAAUGUGGAUAAAUUCAAUCUUGUGUAGGAAGAAUGGCAUCCCUUUGUCUUUCUGUGACUGAUGAAAGCUUGUUCUUGGAUUGUAGCUCUCUUUUGUGAGUUCAUAUAAUUUUGCCCUUACACCAGGGGUAGUCAACCUUGGCUCUGUGCUGGCUCAGGAAUUCUGGGAGUUGAAGUCCACAAGUCAUAAAAGAGCCAAGGUUGACUACCCCUGCCUUAGACUAUCUUAUCUGACUUUCUUGGCUAUGGAAACAAACUUAUAAACUGGGGCUAGUGCUAUGACCUUUUUUUUUUUUUUUGUUCUACAUUUCCCAAAUUCCAAAAUUACUCAAGGCAAGUUCUAGACCUAUUGAUGUUUGCAGUGGAAUUUGUGUUAGGUUCUUUUGUCCUCUUCAUCAAUGGGAUUAAGAUGUGAGCCUUGUGCUCCCAAGUGCCUUAGUUUCUCUUUUUAAAAGGCACCUAAUUUCACAUGAAAGAUUUUAAUGCCAUGCUUGUUCCUGCAACUUGUCCUGUAAACUCCUGGUUCACAGUGUCGCUCCCUUUUCAAUUUCUUUUAAUUACUGAAAUAGUGACAUUGUAGAGGACAUUUUAAGAUUAAUGUCAUUGUAAAAGUCUGUACAGUAUCCACAUGGCAAUAUUAACUGACACCGUUUUUUCCUCCCCUUGUUUUGUUUUUGUAUUAGACCUUCUUUAGUUUACAAUGAAACUAUACAAUCACCAAUAAAAUUAGUUCAGGGCAAAGGAAAAAAUACCAGAGCCUCUUUAUAGGAAUUUCUAAAUAAAUAUAUCUAUAUCUAUAUAUCUAUAUCUAUAUAUCUAUAUAUAAAAUGACUGUUCCUUAUAGUGUUUAACUUAGGCAUCAUUUCAGUUUGUCUGGGCCACAUGGUGGGGUUUCAGAAUGUGAUGUCACUUACCUCAUAUUCUGCAUACAAAUCUCAAUUGUUAAAAAAAAAUAAAUCUCGGUCUUCUUUGUCCCCUACCCAUUUCCUUUUCUUUCCUGGAAAAAAAAAAAUGCAUGCCUAAUUCCUUGGCACCCCACACCCUCCAUCUGAUAUUUUUCUACUGUUUGGGAGCUAGGAAGUGACAUCACAGUUUGAUUUCCCGCAAUCAAGGAACAUUUAGAAACCUUUCAAACCUCUUACUCAGGGAUGGGGCUGGUGUAUGGUGUGGUACACUGAUGUGACCAGAAGGAGCACUUUUACUGCUCUGGAGUAGGGAUGUUCAACUCCAAGGAGUUGUUUGGAUUUCCUGCAUGAUUAUGAACUAACGUUAAGGUUAAUAGUCGUGUGCAGUAUAAGCAACAGACCCAGUCAGAGCUGUGGCUUUAGGUGAUAGAAAAGACAUCCUAUACACAGUGGCUUGUUUUACUUUGCUCUAUUGCCAAGCCAGGGGGGAGGGGAGACCCACAACAGUGAUAAUUUUUAAUUAAGAAAUAAGAAUGCUGUUUUAAAGGUAUUUUGCGGUGCUUUGAAUUUUUGACAUGGGUUACUAAAUAUUUUUUUUUUAAAAAAUGCCAUAUAUAUCCAGGCCCCCGUGUUGCUUUCUUCAGGAUUCAGUCCUACAAGAAAAUAGGCAGGAUCCCAAAUCUUUAAAGUGAAAUGUAUGCUUACCCCUUUGAAAUCACAGAUCUAACUAUACCUAAAAGUACUAGUUUCAGCAGACCUAUGCAUUGAUGGGUCAUUUCAAUGAAUGCCUGGUUCAUUGAAGGCCCACUUGUGUGUCAGAGCUCACUUUUUUUUUAAUAUGCCUGCUAUUAUGGAUGAUGCCACAGAUUCGCAUUAGAUGACUUGGAUAGACUUUCUGCUCGUUUGAUCUCAGAUUAUACAGUGAAAAUCGCUAUAGAUGGGAUUAGUGAUGGACUUAGCCAUACCUAUUCCACUAGCAAUUGAGAAGGGAAAGAAAGCAGCUGAUAUGUGGCCCAAAGGCAGUGUUAACUAAUAGUAAAGCAAGGUCUAAAGAUAAGUUCCACAGUACCAUCUGUUUGUACUAACAACGUGGCUUUGUGAUAUUGGUACUUAGAACUUCUUCAGAAGUAGCGUUCCACAUCUGGAAGGGACCUUCUGUGAAUGGACAGUAUUUUAUAGCUGUUAUAGAAGCAGAAACAUAAAGAUGUCAACAGGCCCUACUUUAUUAUAGCCCCACACAAACACUUCUAUUGAUUAUGCAAGUGAACUAAUUUUUUCUGCUCCCAGUUCUUUGACCCAGUACCUUAUAUUUGAUUAACUGCAAUUAAGCAUUUGUUCCCUUUUAUCUCAUCUCCUAUGAAAUGAACACUGUUAACAGCAAUAUGUGAUUCCCCCCCCUGCCUUAGAUUAUUAUGUAUAGGUAUUGUCCAAUCAAGGGACAGACACAGUAAUAGCAUAAAAACAAAGGAAUACCAUUCCCUGUCUGUUUUUAAGCAGAAUGUGGUUAAUGUUUUGCUUUUUUUUAAAUGUUUAUUACUCUGAAGAUUCCCGAAAAAGGGUAGUCCUCCAAAUUGUAAUUGUUGCUUUUGAGAGCACAAAAAUAUUUUGUUGAUUUCCUUUGUAGAUUCUGAGAGCAGUAUUGCGUUUUUCUGUUGAUGGGGAAAUUCCAAACAAGUUGCACACUUCUACUCCAGAGUUCACUUUCUUUUACAUAGAUGACCUCGCUUCUGAUGUGUUACCUUACUGAUAGGAUCUUUACUUGUAGCAGUAUAACUGGUGGGAAUAUUUUUUUAUGUGAACCUAAUUUGAUGAGAAGGUUAAAACAAACUUUUUUGAAGCACUCACAUUGAGAGGAGUACAGGUAAUGUUUUUUAAAAAAUUGCACAAAAGAAACGAAUGUUUGGAAUGAUUCAUUCAGUAUUUGAAAAGCGAUGGAUAUGUUGAAAAUCGUGUGUUGUUUGUAAAAAUUAAAUAAACCUACAAAAGUCGAGAAAGGGUGAAAGUUACAUUUUUUUGUAUAUAGAAGACUCUCAUGGAUGAUCCGAUUGGUUCUGGCAGGAAAGAAUGCCUAAUUAACAGGUUUUUCAAAGACAGUAUACCUAGGUUUGCAUUUUCAUUAUAUGAAUUGCAUUAUUGGGGCAGGGGAGAAUGGUCACCUUUAACAGCAUUUGAGGGCUGUUUGUCCCUCUUUAAUUUAGUUAAAGUUGAUUGGGAUGUCAUGACAUCUUCUAAGGAUGAUUUUGGUUUUGCACUUCCUGUACUUAAAAAAAAAAAAAAAAAACCCAAAGAAAUUUCAGAG